AUCAAAAGGUAUAAAAUUUCUUCAAUCUGAAGGUCUCAUUGGUGAGACAGCAACUAAAGUUGCUCAAUUCUUACACACAGAUGAUACACUAGACAAGACUAUGAUUGGUGAGCUGAUUGGUGAUCCAGGACAAUAUGAACGGGAGAUAAUGUACGCCUAUAUAGAUCAGUUGGAUUUCACUGGUACCAAUCUUGUGCAAGCUCUGCGAUUACUUCCGGCUUACAUAACUUCCGGCUUCCCGGUGAAGCGCAAAAGAUCGAUCGACUCAUGGAGAAGUUUGCGAGUAGGUUCUGUGAAACGAACCCAAAACGCUGCCUACGUUCUGGCUUAUUCUAUCAUCAUGUUGACUACUGAUCUACAUAGUUCACAGAUGCUAGGUAAAGGUGUUGACUGCGAAGUGUAG